AUUGUUAUCAAGUCGUCCGCCGUUAGUAACAGGGCAAGCUGCUCAGUCAGAUUUUGUUUAAUAAAUCGCUAAUAUUAAUUAAACAGGCCCACUGUCAGAGGAAAACAACUAAUGCAUUGGAAAGUUCUAGCAUUUGGUAUGAUUCGGCAAUUUUUUCCUGCAACGCGUUUGUGCCAAAUGUGUUAAAAACGGUAAGUCAUCGGUAAGUCAUGUAGGAAACAUGCUAACAACUGUUAGCAUGUUUUCUAGCAGGCGAGCUAGCUCGUUUGUGAUUGGUAGGUGGCGCUGGCGGUGGUGCGUUCAUGUCCUGUGGGAUCUUUAAAACUUGCUGGGGUUUAACAGUCUAACGCCGUACAUUAGGAGUGAGAUCUAUCAAACUCACCAGUGUUUAACAGUGUGCAUUAGGAGUGGGAUCCAUCAAACCUACCAGUGUUGACCUGUCUAACACCGUACAUUAUGAAUGCCUAAACCAUGACUAAAUUAAAUAUGAGUUUUUAAUCAUUUAUGUUUGCGUGGCCAGUAGACCACUGGUAUAAUCAGUUACCAACUUACUUGUGUUUUUCUGUGGUUGUAAACAACGCAUACCAAUAACUACUGCUGAACUUUAUUCUUUAUUUAUUAGGCAUUGACACACACACACACACACACACACACACACACACACACACACACACACACACACACACACACACACACACACACACACACACACACACUAACCCUUGACAUUUGGUAGUGAGUUUGUUGAGGGAAGUGAUUGCAGAGCAAAGCUAUUCCUUAACUUGGCUGUCAUGCAUAUAUGCGGUCGUAGAUGAGAAGUGCAGUUCAACUGACGGCCAUCAGAUGGCGGCAGAGUUACCAGCCACCGUUCUCUGGUUCUAUUGCAUAUCUCAAUUAAUCAAAGUCAACGGGGUCUUCGUUUUUGUUAGGUUAAAAUCGCAGUGGCUAGUUCCUAUUCUGUGUGUUCCAAUGUCCCGGUUAACCUCUUCAUCAAUAGUCCUUUUUCUUUCUGAAAAUAACAUACCCAAGUAAUGCAAUGGCAGUAAGAACGGGAUAAUGUAUAGAACGCCGGUCAUUAUUCAGGGGAAAUAAGCUCUGACAGGACGAACAGGGCGAACAGGACUCCGCGCAGCGGAGGUGUUUUACUUCGCCCAGUGAAGGGGCUUAUUUUCAAUAAUGAUUGGCAACAUUCUAUACAUUUUUGAGUGGCGAAGUCACGCCCCUUCUGGUAGAGCCCAUGGGACCUAUGAGAUCGAAAAAAUAUGAAUGGGUUUCAAUGGAGAGAAAGUAUUAUUUUUUGUUCCCAGUCUUUAUAUGCCCCGGAUUACACAUAUGUUGUUUGUGGAUUUAAAUGAUAAUUUUUCAUGCAAAGAAAACGUAUGUUACUUAAUGUUAGGUUUUUUCCAAGGGCAGGAUAAAAGCAUCGAAAGAGGUGAAAACAAUUAUAAGUUGGGGCAUGUGGAGAGUUUCAGUUAUGCUGAAACUCAGUCCACGCCAGUCGCAGGGAGCGUGACGGCACAUACGAGACAUGUAGUCUUUCUCAUUGUGUUUUCGCUACAGUCUUUAACUGAACCAUUGCAAAAUAAACAGUCAAAAUCUUGACAUGAAAAGUUAUCAUUUAAAUCCACAAUAUAUGUAUAUUCCGGGGCAUAUAAAGACUGGGACCAGAAGAUCUGGGACCAGGACUUUCUCUCCAUUGAAACCCAUUCAUAUUUUUCGAUUUCAUAGGUCCCAUGGGGGCUACCGGAAGGGGCGUGACUUCGCCACUCUAUCCCGCUUAUUACACGGCUACUAUGGAUGGGCAUUCGAUUAAGUUGUCUUAGUCGAUCGUCGGGAGAAUUAACGAUCAAUUAGUCGAUUAAUCGUUAAUAUUUUACAUUCAAAUUAAAAAAAAAAUUAUAUUCAAAAUGAAAAUACAAAUGCAGCGUGUUUUCCUCAUUGGGAUCUUUAUUAUUAGAUGAACAACUUAGUUAAACCAGAUCCGUUCAUUAGUUAUGCGCUACUCUGCUUUAAGCAACGGAGCAUGCAGCUCGAAGCCGGUGCUCACUGCUCAUAAACAUAACUAAAAAUAAACACAACCCUAGUUUCUUCCCAAAAUAAUAACAUUAAUAAUAUCAAAAAAACAAUCAUAACUUAACCAACCAGUCUACGGAUUUUUGUUCAGAAAGAUGAGCAUGUUGACAUGCUCUCGGGUCAGACGCGACCACAGCCUGGUGACCGUCAGUCCAGCCGCCGAAAACACCCGCUCUGAGGGGACCGACGUUGCCAUGAUGCACAAAUACCUCCGUGCUAACUUGGCAAGGCGGGGAAACAACUUUCCACAAUCCAGGGGCUAAGAAAGUUCUUUAUUUCUGUUCGAUGCUAACCUCGCCUUGAGUGGUAGGCCUAUAGUGCUCCCCAAGAAGUCAUUUUUUAAAUCAUAAUGGUCCCACACCAGACUUCGCCGUGGCCUCGUCCGCUUCAUGAUUACAUCGCCGUGUUCCAAUAUCCAUACUAUCCCUACUUACUAGUCUAAGUUUGAGCACGUAGGGCGCUCCGAUUCAGAUCGGGCGAAAAUAAGUGUACUGAAAACGGUCAAAUCGCGAAGUGUGUGGCGAUGUACACUUUUCUUACUCAACGGCAGCCAUCUUAGCUACGUAGCGAAAGAGGGCGGAGCCAGGCUGAGCCAAAGUUGGCGCAUUCGUUUUUAUAGUUUUUAUAGCUUUUUAUAGCUGCUAGGCGUAAAGAGUUCACCGUUCAAAGCGGGAUUGUUAUUGCGGGGGAGGAGCCGCAAAUUUAAAUAUUGUACCUGUGUGGUAAAAUGUUUAAUCGCACACUGCAUUAGCUUAAUCGAUGAAUAUUUACGUAAUCGACGAAACUCUUAACGAUCAAUUAGUCGAUCGUCGGUUAAUCAUGCCCAUCCUCUAACGGCUACUUGCCAAAACGAAAAAAUAACUUCACAUGGUGUGUCUUUUUACUAGGGAUGCACCGAUAUGAAAAUUUUGACCGAUACCGAUAUCCGAUGUUAAAAUUGCUGUUACGGCCGAUAACCGAUAUUUACCGAUAUCGAUAUUCGCUACGAUAAUGUAUAUAAUGAUUUGACACGGCAUCCUCCGCGCAUUACUUCGGCUUUGCAAGUACUGCAUAUUGCAAUUCGAGUACCUUAAUUUGAGACCGUAAAAAACAUCCAAACCGCCGACAUUGAUACUUUUCAGUUAAGGUGACAAACACUCCUGUACUGCCUCUCCGUGCGUCUCUGGCUGCGUCACUGACAAUGUCACAUGACCAAACAAGCUGCGUAUGGGCAAAAACACACACAACGGCAACUAGACUAGGAAAUAAAUAUUGGCUGUUAAUAUCGGACCAGUUUUACUUAUCGGGCCGAUGCCGAUAUGUUAAAAAAUGACUAACAUCGGCCGAUAACGAUAUCACUGCCGAUAUAUCGUGCAUCCCUACUUUUUACAAUCUAUUUGUUACCAGCAUUUGUAGUGUUGAUCAGCAGAGAAAUUGUCCGCCAAAGACGUUGACGUCGCUUAGCAACCGAAGACACUGGGGUUGACAACUUACUUUUUUAACUUACUUAAAAAACUACUUUGUUUUCCUUGACAGCGGUCAAUUAUACUUAGCAACGGUGAAUUAUCAAAUAUAAUUCACCGCCGGAAGUUGUGAACAGCCCAUGCUAGUGAACGGAGCGUUCCACGGCAUUGAGAAGACUUAGAAUUUGGGAAAACAGCUUGAACACAGCAUACGUGGGAAUUUGUUUUUGAAAUGACGAGUUUUAGAAUGAAUAUCACUUUCAUUUCAGUUUCAUAGAUCCAAUUCAAACCAAUGCAAAAUUGACAAUUUAAACUUGAUGAGAUACAAAUUACAAACUGUUGUAUAUCUUGGGAACCCAGUGUGCAUUUUUUACAUUUGACCCCUCUAUUGAAGGCCUUUGCCAAACAAUCGCAUUGCAUUGUUGACAACAGAUGGCGAAGAAAAACAUGUGUUCUGAUUGUAGGCAAUUUACCCAUUUCCUCUGAAACCCCUGAAAAAUUGCAAAAAACGUUUGUUGCUAAAUAACUCCCAGAAACUACAUCACUCGUUGAUGGUGGUUUUAUGAGACAUAUACAACUUUGACGAUUAAAUCGACAAAAGUAAGACAUAAUCUUUGGUUGUAACUAGGAAAAGGUAAAUGUAUUCCUCAUUGGAAUGAGUAGAGUCAGCUUUCAUAUGGUUGCAGAUAAAAUUACGUGAAAAAUAUGGCCUUUGAUGUGCCCAGUUAUGAAAUACGUACCUCUUGUUGCAUGCUUCAUGUAUUGUUUGGGGUUUGAAUUGUCUGUAGGAUAGCUAACAAUGGUUAUUAUGGACACAAAAUUGGGGAUUUAAUCAUUCUAGUGUUGUAUCAAAUGACUACUUUUUCAUUUGUUUACAUGCCAUUUGUUUACAUGCUUACAUAACUGGACCGUAUACGUUAAACGUUAUUCAUCUGUUGGCCAUAUUGUGCAUUUGCGAUUUUCACAACCAUCACUCGCCCUGUUAUCAUUCUUUUGGUACAAAUAUCACAUAUUAUAACCCUAGCAUUUGUGGAGAUGUACUCAAUUUACUUUGGUAUGUUGUUUUCAUUGUAUUUUAGAUGAUACAGGGUUUCCCGCAGAAAAUGUGUUGGAUCUUAUUAUUUUUUUGGACGACGUAGUUAAGGUGGCAGGCCUGGGUUACAUAGGCGGCUUAAGCUGUAAAAUGCUCUGGAAAAGCUUUCAGUGAUGCAUGGACUUAAAUUUCCCUCUGUAAUUGAAAGGCUUAAUUGCCUUACUGAACGUUUUCGGUUACCAGUCAAUCAAACAUUCUGGCUUUAUACCCCAAAUCAGAAGAGAGCAAGUGGGUGAGCCUUGGGACAGAGAGUGACAUUCUGACUAUUGGAUGGAAAAAGGUCCUGAAUGAACAAAAGGUGGCCUCUACCAUAAGAUGGCAAGAAGGUAGGCUGAGAGGGUCAGGGAUUCUAGCAUUACCCUGGUUUACCCCAACACUAUCUGUUCUCUAUCUUCCUAUGGGCUGGGAAAGCUUGUCAGGAACAGAAAAAACAUGACCAAGACAAGGAGAAUGAUAGUGAGAAGAAUUUAAAAAGCACUAUCUGAAAACAUGUAACGGAAACAGCUAUACCUCUAUCCGAAGUUCCGCCCUCUCAGCUUAAGCCAUGAAACUGAAACUGACCCGCCCCCCCUCUCUCUCACCAAUAACAUACUUUUUUACAGGCGUUCUAUCAUGAGAUGAGGACGCCUUAUCCCGCCCUUAAUUAGCCAAAUGUUGGUCGUGUGCUGUUUAAAAAAUAAAUAAAUAUAUUGAAUCUAAUUAUGCGAUAUUGGGCUAUGAGGCUAUAUUUAAAUGUAAAGUACUUAGUCUAAGGUUCAUCCAACCAGUCCUGUGACAUCACAUGACAGGCACGACACAAGACUCAAGUCAGCCUGACACUCUGAACUAACCCUCUCAAUCAGCAGCUCCGAGCUCAUCUUAAUUUUCCCUUUCUUUCAGGUGUAACAUUACGUUGUACCAGUCGGAAACGGGAAUAAUGGCCUCUUUGAUGGUCAGAUGGAGAUCUUCAGUGAGGACAUCUAAGGUAAAGUGUUGUUCUUGGGGGUUAUCGAUAAAUUUCAUGGAGUUGCUCUAUGUACAUUUAUCAAUAUUAUCAGCUGUGGUUGUGAGUUCAGUCGGAAGGUUUAUCCAAUUGUAUACAAAUGUAUGUCUGAUAAUAAGGUUGAAAAGCUUAUAUAGACCAGCAUGUAAAUGCACAUGGCGAACACAGUUCAUUAGCAGUAGCACUUUGGUGAAUCAAUCUGAAAACGCUGGUAUCCAUUCACAGUGGUGUUGUUCACAAACCUUAACAACCUUUACUGACUCAGGCUGAUACCUUCUGGUCGGUUUGUCAAAUGGUUGGUUGAUGUCAUACCGGGAGAACGCAUGUUAUUAAUCCAUUUGUGGGGGGGCUGGAGGGACAAAUAAUGCAGGCUAUAUUCUGUUGGAGGUUUACUUUUCCUUUAUCCAAGUGUAAAACAGUGUUGUGAAUGGCUGUUUGCAGAUGAGAGGGCUUAUGAGAAGUGGGUGUGCAUUCUUUGACACAUCCUUGGUUUGGAGAUGGUUGUUUUUAGAGAUCAUUUCUCUAUCCAAUAACUGAGUGUCAGCUAUUCCUCUUUCGUAGAAAGUUGGUACCUAAAACGUAUCUGUUGAGAUGCAACCGCACACCUUCAUGUUAUCGAAAGCCACCUAUAUUCACUUAACAAGGUGCAUUAAACAUUCAAUUGCAGUGCCAACUGCUAUAGAGAGGAACGAUCGAUACAUAUAACAGAUAGCAAUCAGUAUAGUAUAUAUAAAUAUACAUAUAUAUAUAUAUAUGAUUUUAGUUUACCACUAUGGAUGCUGUAAGAGCACUGUGUUUAGAAAUGGUUAUGAGCUGUUACAUCAGUCAUGUCCUACAACAUGAACAGUGCCCAUGGUGACUAUUACAAAGAUACCUGAUUGGUUAAACUGCUUUAUUGUCUGGCGAGCGGUCUGAAAAAUUUGUCAAGUUCAUCUCAAGACAAUUUGUGUUUUAUUUCAGUCGACCAAGGAGACUUUUCCUUAAAGUCAACCCGAAACAUUUGCUGUAGAUUUACAUAGAGUUCACGCUAAAUGCUCUUCAGCAUAAUUGAUUCAAGGAAGACAUUUUAAAUAAUCAGAUUGGUAAAAGAUGUUUUAUCAAACUCAGGAGAGACUGUUACUUACACUUAUCUAUAUCCCAUAGUUUAAUGUAAAGUAACACACUUAAAUAAUAACACCUUCUUUAUUUUUGAAGUAUAGCCAUUAUAUUUAAUUGCCAUUAUGUGACGUUGCAAUACUGUUGUAUAAAUAUUACCUGGUAUUUGUAUACAACAGUCUGGGAACUCUUGGUAAUCCACGCCUAUGAAAGAGCUCCGCCUAGUGGCCGGUGGCUGUAACGUGAGAGUGUCGGUGUAAUGGUGGCUGAUCCUGUUCCUCUGAGCAGCGCAGUCUUUCAACCCCUCCUUCUGCCCAUUUCCUUGAGGGUGUUGUCUGUAACAGUGCAACAUGAGAGAGCAUUUUUAAGCGCUACAAACUACAUCGAACGCAAACUUAAUAGUUAAAAAGAAAUACUCUUUAAUCAAGAGAUAUUGUUUAAUGUGUUAUUAAUAUUCUUCUUUAUUUAUUUGUACAUUUGGCAUAUCUAAAACAACAUUGUUCAUGUAAUCUAUGGGCUGUGGUAUUUUAUACGGGUUUGUAUGUAUAUGGGGUUGAAUGUUUGUAUACUGGUUAUGAUUUAGUUGAAAGCAGAACCACAUUCAUCUUUGAAGACAAUGCCCCCCUCUGGUCUCCUCUUUUAGGUUUUAUUCUGUUCUUCUCGGCCCUUUGCUCUAGUGGCGACAACGUGGAAUGACUCCCGCCUACACGAAGCACCGCGCACACGCUCACACACGCACGCUCUCUCUCACACAUACAGACUCACACACACACACACACGGCACUUCUAUGUUUGUCAGACUCAAAUCCGAGGGAGAGGAGCUAGCCGCCAUUUUCUAAGCGUCUCUCCCUAAAACGAGAAGAAGACUCGCGGUGAACCACCGUGUGGAUUACGCUCGACUUUCGGGCUUUUUGACUAUUCGUCAGAAUAUCAUUUCAAACAUUGCACAUCAUUUGAUAAUUUCCACACUAUCUCCGGGCCUCGUCUUAUCGUCGGUCCACCGCCGAGGGGACGAGGUGUAGUUCGGUGAUUCGCCCAUAUUGCACGAUUCCGGAACGAAGCCCGCCGACCACUCGGUGUACCCGAGGAGCUCAGAUCGUCUGGAUUAAUCCAUGGCCCGUCGGUCCACGGAAGACGCUUUGUUUUGUUGCCGAUAUUCCCUUUUUUUCACUUAAACUGCGGGGGAUUGUACGCGAAAUUCCCUCGGAUAGUGCGACCUCGUCACGUGGCUGUCUUCUGGCGGGGCUGUAAGCGGGUGGUGUGGAGCAGGCCACGGUGCCCGUCCCUCUGCACUGCAUGGCUGCGAUGGCGCCCGCUCUCACCGACGCCCCAGCCGAAGCUCACCACAUCCGCUUCAAACUGGCUGCCCCGUCCUCCAGCCUCUCCCCGGGCAGCUCAGAGAACCACCCCAACUCCAGCAACCUUCUCCUUCACAGCAGCGGGCCGGCUAGGCGCAAGGCCUCUGACGAGCGCACCCUCCAGGAGCAGCAGAGCCAGCAGCAGGUUGACAACCCGGCCCAGACACCUAAUCUGGGCAAGCUCCAGCCGCUGGUGGCCUCCUACCUGUGCUCUGAUGUGACACCCGUCCCGUCGUCCAAGGAAUCCAUUGCAUUGCAAGAAAUCCUCAUCAAACAGUCUGUGUUGAAAAGUCACGGCAUCCUGCCCAACUCCUUGCUCAACGGAGGGGGAGACUUCCUACUGAGGAAGAAGCAGACCUUCGAGCUCUCUGGCGGUCAGCUCAAGAGCCUGAUGAGUGCUAACACCAAUGGCGGCAGCCAGCCCAUGGCUCCCGUCAACGGCCUUGCCAAGAAGCUGGCCACCUCGGGCUGUAUGGUGGCGGUGAACGGAGGGAAACCCUCCGCCUCCGCUACCUCGGACCCCCAGAAUCUCCUUCUAGACUCGGACAACACCCCCACCAUCAGAACCCUCAGACAUCAGGCACAUUCCUCCAGGGUCCCUCUCACCACAGAUGGUAACAGCCCUGACCCCCCACCAGCACAGCCUCCCUCACCGCCUGCCUUUGGGCUGGGCGGUCCCAACGAACACAUGAAUGCAGAAGAGGAUAGUUCACGCGGCUCAUCGGCUUGCACGCAACAAGCGGAUGGAGAGAGGCCAGGUGGCAGCCAGCAGAGCUCACCCGUGUUGUUGCAGGCUCCUCCUACUUCUUCUGUCUCCCAGCCUCCUACCUACUCUCUGGACAUCCUGGACUCCCAGAUCAGAGAGCGCAGCCUGCUCACCAGCAGCCGCCAGGCACAGAUCGAGAGCCGUUUGCGGCGCCUCCGGAAGCGGCUGCAGGUGGUGCAGGCAAAGCAGGUGGAGCGACAUGUCCAGCAGCAGCUGGGCGGCUUCCUGGGCUCGGCUCUGAGCCGGCUAGUGGGCCCCGGACGCAGACAGGAAGUGUCCCCCUCCACGGCGUCGUGGAGGACGGGGCGCCAGACGGCGGUUGGUAGGGACAGCCUAGGUCGCUUCCUGAAGGCCGGGGCCAUGCCUACGGAGCUGGAGAGGCUGUGUCUGAGCGGCUCGGCCAAUCUGCGUGCCACCGAGAGCGCCUUUGACUCGGACGUGACGGAGAGCAGCUCUGGGGGAGACUCGGACCUGGAGGAAGAGGAGGUGGCCCGGGUAGACGUCGAACAGCGGCACGUCAAAAUAUGGAAGCGGGCGGAGAGUCGGUACAUGGUAGAGAGGGCCGCCAUCAUCAGCCACUGGAACUGGCUGCAAGCACACAUCUCAGACCUGGAGUAUCGCAUCCGCCAGCAGACAGACAUCUACCGCCAGAUACGCACCGGCAAGGGUUCAGUGGAGCUUGAUGGUGGGUCUAUCGGAGGGCCGGAGCUGAAGACGGAGCCGUCGAUCUCUCAGGAUGGAAGCUCGGAGCAGCCUGUCACUGCCCCCACCUCCUCCUCAGACCCCAGCCCCUGGAGGGGCCAAAAUGGCCGACCGGUCAACGGUGUCCUUAACAGGAUGAUGGAGUCGACGGAGACGAAGCUGCAGCAGCCAGCAGCAGCGCCUGACAGCAGCUGUGUAGCGGCCCGCACGCGCCCCCUGGUGGGCUGCCGGCGACGGAGGCUGCUCCAGCCAAGCACUGUGCCGCACCUCCACGGCAAGACCCAGCGUAUUGGCUGUGUUCCCUCGUGUUGCCGGCUGAACCCCAGCUGCGUGAUGUGUGGCGGGAGGAGCAGUUCCAUAGAAGACCCCCAGUACGACCUCCCCACCAUGGAGAGACUCUCCAGACUGGACCCUGGAGUCCACCCUAUCCUCUCCUUCUCAGACGAUGUAUGCGUGGGCCUCCGGCUGCAACAAGUGCUCAAGAGCCAGUGGCAGAGCAAGGCGUUGGACCGCAGCAAGCCCCUGAAGAAGCUCUCCCUCAAACACAAGCUCUCCUCCUCCAGAGAGAAGCACAAGUUCACCAGCUCCCUCAUGGCAGUCCGUCUAGGUCACUUUAAGAGGCGUUCAGAGAAGGGGCGCCCCGGGGAGACGAGCCUGGGGCCUGCGCGACUGGAGAGCCAGGCCCUCUGUAAGACAGAGCGCCUGCAGCCGGGGCCCUACGACAAGAGCUACAGCCGCAAGAGACCACGGGAACGCUCGCUGGACCGGACUGACCCGUCUCCCAAGCUGUACCUGGACUCUGGCAGUCCCUGCUCUGUGCUGGCCAACAUGCACUCAUCCCUCCACAGCUCCCUCACGCGCCAGCUCUCCACCUCCUCCGACAACUCCACCCCUCUGGGCAGCCAGAGUGUCCACAACACGCCGCAGCAGCCCAUCAAGAGGAGGCGAGGCGAGAGCUCCUUCGACAUCAACAACAUCGUGAUCCCCAUGUCUGUGGCGGCCACCACGCGGGUGGAGAAGCUCCAGUACAAGGAGAUCCUCACGCCCAGUUGGCGAGAGGUGGACAUCCUGGCCCAGCCGAUGGCUGAGGAGGAGAACGAGACGGAGCUGGAGGAUCUGACUGAUGCUGCGUUCAGCCAGCUCCACCAGCCCUGUGAGGACCAGGAGAGAUCCCGCUGGACCUGGAUGGCUCUAGCCCCCGCUAAGAGGAGAGGAAGCAGGUCUUACAAGUCCAUUGACGGGCGGACCACGCCCCUGCUCUGUGGCACCAACCCCCCCACGCCCCAGCCCGCCUCCCCGGACCCGGGCCACUGCCCACUGCUCCACGAGUACAGCUACCUGCCCUCGCCCAUGAGCCCGGGCAGCCCGGACGCCACCUCCAACCCCCACACCCCCUGCUCCCGGGACUCGCACCGACUCAUGUCCAACGAGGACACGCGCUGCUCCACGCCAGACUUCCCCUUCGAGGAGAGGACGGUGGCGCCGUUCGAGCGGCGUAACUUCCCGAUGUCGGAGGACCCCGAGAUGCAGCCCGAGGUGGAGAGUGACAGCAGCGCCGUCGUCUCCCGGAUGCGCAGCAUCUCUGGUUGCCGGGCAACAGGCUACGGCCGGCUGGAUUCUGACGAUAUGGACAUGCCUUGCGAAGAGGACGACCUCAAACACAAGGCCCCCACCCACCGAUGAUAAACUGCUGCAACCCAUGCCCCUCCCCCAGUUCUGACCACACCCACUUCUCUGGAGCCCCUCCCCCUCACCGAAGACCCUCCCGGCCCCGCAUUAACCUCUGAAGCAGGAAGCAGCAGGUCUCAAGGGGCUGCUGUUGUUUGAUAUUCAAACACCAGUGGGAUACUUUUCACAGUUUUUAGUGAACGUUAUGGAGAUAGAAGCCUUUCCCUACACUUUGUUUUUUGUCACAGGAAAAAAAGGUAAAUGUAAAAAAAAAAAGAAUAUAAAAGAAUGUGCUAUAAAAAGUGAUUAGUGUCGUAGGCUGAACAUGUACAUGGGGCUUAGCGAUGUCUGGUGUGUGGCGUGUCUCUCGUAGCGCACUAUGUAGCCCACUACUCCACGUAUGCCAAAGGGUGUUUUCUAUUCACUAGUUUGCUUGUAAUUCCCAUGUACAUUUUUAGUGGAGUGACAAAAUAAUAAUAAAUCUCCUUGAGCCCCCCGCCCAGAUAUACAGGUACAUCGGGGGGUGUAGUUCCUUCCUCUCCCCACUAGAGGCCGUUGCCUUCUUGACUGCCAAGUUCUAUUCUGUUGCUCCUCGUCAUUCCUGACUCACAUUGGACUCAUGUAUGUUUUUUGUUUUCACGGUAAAUCAUUCCUUUUGAGUCUCUGCGAUGCCCAAGCGCUUGUUUGCUUUGCCCUGCUGUCAUUGUCUGUUUUGCUUUGGUUUAUUUUAAGUUUUUAUAAUAAGUGGCAGUAGGCAUACAGGACUGCUGUCUCAAGAGCACUUAGCCCCCCACAUGCUAAUGCUAGUUCUGCUAGCACUACAUAUCUCACCCAUGCUAUCGCUAGGUUUACUAGCCAUACAAAAUCCACCCGUGCUAGUCAUGCUAGCUCUACAGGAUACUGCACAUGCUGACACUAAUUUAAUUAGCCGUCCAUGCUACCACACAUGCUAAUGCUAGUUCUGCUAACAAUAAAAUAACAUACCACACAUGAUAAUGCUUGUUCUGCUAGCCAAUUGAGAUACCACACAUGCUAACGCUAGUUCUGCUAGCCCCACAGAUUAGCCAGGUAGUGGAGCUGCCUGCUCCAUUGAUGCUUACGCUAACAUAGCAGCAGGCUUUUUAAAGGAUGCCAAAAGCAGGCCUGUAGGACGGGGUCUGCUCGGUCUGCGCUCUAGUGCUACAGCAGAGGUCUCAACAGCUGCACCGCUGGCUUCACUGGACAACAACUGGACGUGUUCUGUAAGAAAUGCCCCUCCAGCCCUUCCCCUCACACACAAUGCCUCAGGUUUCACAUGUUAAGGGAAUAUCUGCAGCCUGAACUAGACAUCUGAAAGAAUACCAUGUCCUGUCAACACUAGCCCCCCCCUCCCAGUAACUAAUUGCUAUGCAAAAUCUAUGGUAUAAUUUUUCACUUGUUUUCAAUCACUUUCCGUUUGUAGUUAAGCAAGAUGUUGAUGUACCCAUCUGAUGUUGCAGCAGUUAACCUAAUCCAAAUCAGAAUUGUUUUGUAAAUAGUACCAUUAAAACAUUUAUGUUUAACUUGGCGUCACUGUGCACAUGCACUCUUUUUAAGUGGAAAAGCAGGCCGUGAUUUC